CUCUCUCUCUCCUUAUUCCAUUCUUGCAAAAACUUAGGAAUUGCAGACAUGGACUCUCAAGAAUAUACUCUUUCCGACGACAUAGUAUUCGACGUUCUAACCCAGUUGAAAUCGUUGGAAACCUUAGACACAUGCAAAUUAGUUUGCAAGGGAUGGGAAGAGAUGAUCUACGAGUCGACUUUCAUGCCUCUGUUCUGUCGUAGAUCAAGAAUGUUGGCAGGUUUCUUCAUCCAGGACAUAAUAGAACAUAAGUUCUUCUCCAUGUUUGCAACCAUUGAUGGCACCACCUCGCCCGAUGUUUCCAUUGCAAGAUUCCCUGAUGACAUGAAGAUCCUGGCAUCAUGCAAUCAUGGGAUCUUGUGUUGUGUGAAACGAAGCGGAAAGAACUACCGUUACUACGUCUGCAAGCCCACUACUCAACAAUGGCAGUCUUUGCCUAAUCCAAAACUUCGUUACGAAACUGUUUCUAUAGCCGUGAUGGUUUUGGGAUUGGAUCCUUUUCGAUACAAAAUUGUCAGGUUAUCGCGACGUGCUGAAGAGUUGUUUAAGGAGUACUACACAUACAGAUGUGAGAUAUUUGAUUCAAAAGUUUGGAGAUGGACAGAAGUAGAAGGCAUAACGGUUCGAUACACGGAGUUAAUAAUCGACUCUGUCACUGUCAAUAACGUUGUAUACUGGCUAACGAACGAAGAUAACGUAAUCGCCUUCCAUGAAGCCAACAAGCUCCUCUACAAGUUGUCUCUACCGGAAAAAGUAAUGCAGAAGAGUGAUCUCUAUGAGUGCAAGCGGCUGGUGGAGUACAAAGGGAGGCUUGGCCUCACUUUCUUGACGAAAGAGGGAAAGAUGGCGCUAUGGCCGAUGCGAGACCGCCGGACGAAUGGGAUGAUGGAAUGGAUCAGGGAGGAGAAGGAGGUGAUCGUGAUCGACACUGAAAAUCUUCAGAAGUAUGUGCAGUAUCCUUCUCUUGUUGGAUUCUACAAUGCUGGAAUUGCAUUUUUGAAGGGGUUUCAAGAAGUGGUGUUCUAUAAAUUUGGGGAGCGUGAUAGUUUGAGCAGGGUGGAGUUGGACCAUAAACUGAGAGAUGCACGUGAUGUUUUCCAGUUCAGGUCUGAUUUGGAACCUGUAAGACUUGAAAGAGUUUCUUAGUGCAUGAAUGAUGUUGCAAUAAAAUUAGACACCAAGAUUGAGAAAAUUAAGAUUAGGAAUAUUUUGGAUAAUGCAACUAACAGAUCCAGCAAUACAGUAAUAUAGUAAUCAGACGUUGUAUGUUUGGUUACCAUGACUACGAAUGUUUGUUCCUUAUUUUACGUGGAUAUAUUAUGAAUCAAU